UGCAGCGCCGUUGGUGACUGGGUGACGAAAUGAAGAUGUAAACACACAAGACAUAACCUGAAAAAGCAGCAUGGCGAAAACAUCGGGAAAGGAGGCAAAAGAGCAGAAAAAUGUGGUGAAGAAGGCGAAGAAAGUGAAGAAAUCUGAGUCGGAUGAAGUUGAAAGAGUCGUGGAAUCAGUGGAACAAGACAUAGAUGAGAAAAUCCUGGAAGAAAACGAUGGAAUACUGUCUGACGAGUCAGAUGAGGAUUCCACGCCACGGAAGAAAGACACACCGGCUUAUGAUCCUUCUGAAGCCAGCAGGACUAUUUUUGUCGGGAAUCUGCCUACAAACACGAAGAAAAGCCAGGUGAAGGCGUUCUUCGCGAGUUUUGGAACUGUCAAAACAAUUCGUCUGCGGACAUUUCAUGGCCAAAAGAUCCAGAAUUGUCGGCAAAUCAAGAAUCAUCCGUGCAUCACUGCUUACUUGGUGUUCGACAAGGAUGAGGCGGCAAUUGGGGCUCAGGAGGCCAGCGGGAAGGUCUUCCGGAAGGCUCACAUUCGCGUGAUGAUGGCUGACGGGAAGAAGAAGUACUUCGAUGGAAAGAGGACGAUUUUCGUGGGAAAUCUGACCUAUGCUGUGACUGAUGAUGAUCUGUACGAAAUCUUCCAGUCGUGCGGGGAAAUUAAGUACGUGAGGACGCUGAGGAGUCCCUUGGGAUGCAAGGGAACGGCUUAUGUGUGCUUCAAGAACCCAGAAUCCGUGGGUUUGGCACUAGAACUGAAUCAGACAAUGAUGAAUGAUCGGCCAAUUCGUGUGGAGCGAUACAAAUCCAAGCCGAAGGCUGUGAAAGGCGCUCCGGAGAAACAAAAGGGACAAAAAGCGAAGCCUGGAGGAAAGAAACUGCCGCAGAAGAAGAGCGGUGGAAAGGCGAAGACGGAAUUCCAAGCGAAAAAGAAUGUGAAGCGCCUUGAGAAGGGUCCAAAGGGUGUUCAGAAGCAAAAACCAGAAGGAAAAACGACAAAAGGUGCUGAAGUAAAGGCAAAAGCUAAGAAAAACAAGAAACAUCGCAGUUCCGUGAACAUGGGAUUGGCCAAGAGGCUCAAUCCGAAGCUGAAGAAGCCCAAGAAGGAGAAGAAAUAAAGGAUUCUAAUGAUUUUU